CUAUCUUUACUUUCUUUCUCUCUUUUAUCACUGCAAUAACAGCUUCUAUAUGAUUUUAACCACUAUUAAGAUGUCUCAACCAACAACAGGAACCAAUAUCCUUCGUAACAAACAGCAUAGAAAACAACAGUUGUCCAGCGACCAAUAUUGUGCUCAAUGCAAAAAGUCUUUUACAAGACGACGUGAUCGGUCCCGGCAUGAAAACUCUGUGCAUUUACGACAAGAACGAUUUCAAUGUAGUCUUUGCACAAAAACAUUCACACGUAAAGACUCUAGAGUUCGGCACGAGAAUCAAUGCAAUAAAGCAGCAUUUCAUUUAUCCUCUUCGCCCUCUGGCUCCCCCUCCUUCUCCGCAGCCGGCAUCAAGAACAAACAAGAACACCACCAUCCAUCGCCACCAUUAUCAAUAGGAGGACAGAAGCCAUUGCAUGUUAGCACCGACAACCAUUGUUGUAAUGACAGAAGUAGCAGUAGUAUAAGCAACAAGGACGACGUCAAGGAACGAAUAAAAUUGCCACCCAUACAACAGAAGAUGGAAUCGAUGGCUACAAUGAUGGAUAUCGAUGAUUAUGACAGGAACUCAUCUAGUAACAGUACGGAGGGUAAUAUUUUUACCUAUAAAACUGCUGCUACAACUACUCCUAGUAAUAUGUCCCCACCCAUUGGCGACGAUAGCCCACCCAUGUCAAUAAAGUCUUCGUCUUUAUGAGAAUCAUAAAACA